AAAAAGAAGGAAAAACAGAGUGGUCUGGAAUCCAAAACCGUAGGGCUAGCAGCAGGGAGGAGCCCACGGCAUCCAUAUCUUCCUCUCUGCCUCGCUCGCGUUGUUGGUUGGUUGCCCUCUCCGCCAAAGACCUCCCAGAGACCCAGACCCUUCGCUUGUCGUGGCGCUCUCGUACACGGCCAGCGAGGAAAGUUACCGCUCGGUUUCGUUUCGUACGGGUGAUUGAUAGCGAGUUAAGAGGCGCGGCGGGCGAGCGAGCAAGCUUGGGCGAGGCGGUUCUUGCGGGAAGGUAGAAGGAGGGGUAGGGGAGAGGAGUGUGGAGUGUGCCUUGCCUUGGUUGUCCUCCAGGUCGCUACCGGCCAAGGCGACAGACAAAUCUUGGUCUUGGGCGCGCCGCCGCGAUAGAUUCCUCGGCUAAAUCCUUGUUUCUUUGCGGAGAUUGGACGAGGUUUGCUGCCAUGGAGGUAGCAGGUGUGGCGCAUUGAGGCGCGCGUGCGGGGCGGGGUCGGGCACAUGGAUCUGGAGGGCGGGGGCGACGCGGCGGCGGCGCACGGGAAGAGGCGGGAGUCAUGGCGCGCGACGCUGCUGCUGGCGUACCAGAGCCUCGGGGUGGUGUACGGCGACGUGGCGACGUCGCCGCUGUACGUGUACAAGAGCGCCUUCGCCGGCAACGACAUCCAACACUCGGCGGGCAACGAGGAGAUCUACGGCGUGCUCUCCUUCGUCUUCUGGACGCUGACCCUCAUCACCCUCGUCAAGUACGUGCUCAUCGUGCUCCGUGCGGACGAUGGCGGCGAGGGCGGCACCUUCGCGCUCUACUCCCUCAUAUGCCGCCACGUCCGCGCCGGCCUCCUGCCCGGCAGCGGCACCAGAGAUGAGCUCAUGGAGGAAGAGAAGUCCACCGGUCGUCGUGGGGAGCGGCCCGUGUCCAGGGUCAGGGCGGUGCUGGAGAAGUACAGAGUGCUGCAGAGGCUGUUGCUGCUGUUCGCCCUGCUUGGGACGUGUAUGGUCAUCGGUGACGGCGUGCUGACCCCUGCAGUCUCUGUGUUCUCUGCGGUAUCAGGUCUCGAGUUGUCAAUAGAAAAGGAGCAUCACAAAUAUAUAGAACUUCCUGUGGCUUGUGCCAUACUUAUAUGCUUGUUUGCACUGCAACACUAUGGUACACACAAAGUUGGGUUUCUUUUUGCGCCAAUUGUGUGCAUUUGGCUUCUCUCCAUAAGCAUGAUAGGGGUCUACAAUAUCGUCCGUUGGAACCACCAUGUGUAUCGAGCCCUUUCGCCAUAUUACAUGUAUCAAUUUCUAAAGAAGACCCAAACUGGUGGUUGGAUGUCACUGGGAGGAAUCCUUCUUUGUGUAACAGGUUCUGAAGCUAUGUAUGCAGACCUUGGACACUUCUCACAAUCGUCAAUUAAGAUUGCGUUCAUAUCUGUGGUUUAUCCAGCUCUAGUACUGGCUUAUAUGGGACAGGCUGCUUAUAUUUCACAACAUCACAAUUUUGAGAGUAGCUAUCAGAUUGGAUUCUAUGUGUCAGUACCAGAAACACUCAGAUGGCCUGUUCUGGUGAUUGCUAUUCUAGCAGCAAUAGUUGGGAGUCAAGCAAUUAUUACCGGGACCUUUUCAAUUAUUAAGCAGUGCUCUUCGCUAAAUUGUUUCCCUGGCGUAAAGAUCGUGCAUACAUCCUCUACGGUGCAUGGUCAGAUAUACAUACCAGAAAUCAAUUGGCUCCUGAUGAUACUCUGUGUGGCUGUUACUAUUGGCUUUAAUGACACAAAGCACUUGGCGAAUGCACAAGGACUGGCAGUUAUAACUGUUAUGCUUGUCACCACUUGCUUAAUGUCACUGGUUAUUGUGCUUUGCUGGAAUAAGAGUAUCUUCCUUGCCCUUGGUUUCCUACUUUUCUUUGGCACAAUUGAAGUACUCUACUUCUCAGCUUCUCUUGUCAAGUUUCACGAAGGUGCUUGGGUCCCCAUUACUCUCUCUUUCAUAUUUAUGGUAGUCAUGUGUGUGUGGCACUAUGGCACAAUUAAGAAAUACGAGUUCGAUGUUCAAAACAAGGUUUCAGUAAAUUGGCUCUUGAACCUUGGCCCUUCUCUGGGAAUUGUUCGUGUUCGAGGCAUUGGGUUGAUACACACAGAACUUAUGUCCGGAAUUCCAGCCAUUUUCUCCCACUUUGUCACCAAUUUGCCUGCAUUUCACCAGGUGCUGGUCUUUCUUUGUGUUAAAUCAGUUCCAGUACCACAUGUUGAAGCUGAGGAACGUUUUUUGGUGGGUCGCAUUGGUCCAAAAGAGUACAGGCUAUACAGGGUCAUUGUCAGAUACGGGUAUCGCGAUGUGCAGAAGGAUGGCCUGGAAUUUGAGAAGGAGCUGGUCAGAAGUAUUGCAGAGUUCAUCCGCAGCAGCGGAGAAUAUGACAAGAAUGGCUUUAUGGAGGACACCAAGAAGCCCUCUGAGAAACUGUCUCCCAUCAGUACCGGAAUCCCAUUGUGGGAAGAGGAUGGGGAACUUGAUGCAUCAGUAUCCCCUCAUAAGGAGGUAGACCCACACUUUAUAGCACCGAAGCGAAAGAAAGUGAAGUUUGUGAUACCAAAGAGUGCCCAGGUGGAUAGCGAGGUGUGCCGUGAGCUGCAGGAGCUGAUGGAUGCGAGGGAGGCAGGCAUGUCCUUCAUCCUGGGGCAGUCAUACAUGGAGGUGAAGAGUGGGUCUAGUUUCAUAAAGCGGAUCGUGAUCAAUUUCUGCUACGAGUUCUUGAGAAAGAACAGCCGUGGUCCUGCAUAUGCUGCUAACAUACCUCAUGCCUCCACCCUGGAGGUAGGAAUGGUGUACCAAGUUUGAUAGCAGCUGUAUAAAGGUAGAGAUGAAGACAAUGUUUCUCCAUCUGUAUAUGUCCCCUUGUUGCCGAUACCGUUAACACAAUGACAGAAGUAGAGACCCUGGAGCACAGCACGAUCUAACAGCUUCAUAACAAACAGCUGCAGAUCUUUGCAGAGCCCAACUGGAAGUGUGUAUUUUUGUCUGCAAAGCCUUUUGUUGUGCUGGUGCUUGUUUUGUUUUCUGAUACGUUUGCUGUUGCUGAGGUACUUAUGGAAAUGUAAUUGUAAGUCUGUAAGAGCGACCAGCAAAAUAGCAUUUUUGAUGUUUCUUGGA